AUGCGGCGGCAUUUCCUCCGUCGAGCAGCCUGUCGCCUCCUUACCUCCUCGGCCGCUGCGCCGGCGUGGUCAUCUCGCGCCGUAGCACCGCGCGCCCUGCUACCCGUGGCUUCUUAUGUACCAUCAUACAAUCUGAGCCAGACGAGAUGGUUCCGCGAUGAGAUCCAGAGCCGCUACAGCUCUCGGAGAGGAAGACGUUCGAAUGUUCCUGAGGACGAGGAUGUGGAAACGGCGAUCCGGUCUGCGGGGGAGUACGACCAAUACGACCCCUCGGAGAUCGUGUCCCCGGAGACUGACGACAAGGCCUUGGAGCAGUCGAGCCGCGCCAGGCGGCUUCGGCUGCUGGAGAAAUCGCCUACGCCGAAGGAGACGAUCUACAUUGGCAACCUCUUCUACGAUGUGACGUCGGAGGAUCUGCGGAAGCAUAUGGAGAAAUAUGGUGCUGUGGAGAGGACCAAUGUCAUCCUUGAUAGUCGGGGUAUGAGCAGAGGUUUUGCUUAUGUGCAGUUCGAGUCAGUCGAGGCGGCCAGACGGGCAAUUGAUGGAACACAUCUGCAGACCCUUGAAGGUCGUCGCGUCACUUCGCAAUACGCGCAGACCAACAUGGACGGACACCGCUCCCUGCAGCCCGUUUCGAGAACGUUGUAUAUCGGCAAUCUGUCAUUUGAGAUGACAGACCGGGAUUUGAACGAUCUCUUCAAGGAUGUCAGCAAUGUGAUCGAUGUUCGCGUAUCGAUCGACCGCCGCACGGGUCAGCCCCGUGGUUUCGCACAUGCCGAAUUCAUCGACGCUGAGAGUGCUCAGAAAGGGCUUGAGAUCCUGAGCCGGAAGUCUCCAUACGGCAGACAGCUGCGUCUGGACUACAGCCAUACCAACAGAAGGGCAGAGCGUAUCGAGAACAAUAAGCCUGCGGCCGAAUAA